AUGUGCGACAGCAACUAUGAGCUGACAGUGCCAAACAGUUAUAAUUGCCUGGAGCAUGAAAGCCACAUUCGUCAAUGCCAAAUCGAAACAAUCAAUAUGCGUCCGGAAGCGGUCUCAGACCUUCAUAUACGAACUGAAGGUGAUACGACCGUACUGAAUUGGGAACGCAGCGACAAGGCCGAGGUAUAUCACGUUUAUCAUCGGAAAAGGAAAGAAGCCUGGAAAUCUUCAUCGGUCACAAAAACGACGGCUCGAAUAAAAAAUGCUGACGAGAUUAUCGUCAUUGCGGUAAACGCCUAUGGCUCUGCAUCGCCGAAUCGUAUAGCCUUUGAGGAUAACGAAUGGAUUGGGAACUACGAUUGA